AGAGCUUCAGAGCUGAAGAUCGAGGAGCUGCAGCUUUUAUUUCUCCACUCUUUGCCCUGUGGUGUGAGUGUCUCCACCAAUUCCCUGCUCCCAGGCAGGCUCCUGCUGGGGCUGGGCACUGUUUGUACCCCGGGGAGCUCAGGACCUGCUGCCACUCAGGCCAUGCCCUGCUGGGGCACAAAAUAAAAGCAGUGAGCAGUGAUGACCCCCAGUGCGGCUCAGAGGGGACCCUGGGUGAGCAGCAGGGCUGUGCACACCACGAAGGGGAUGCUCCUUGCAGGGGCUGCAGACCAACAUCCCCUCAGGGUGGUGAGAAGACAGAGAUGCUGUUCCUGGCCCCCAGUGCUGCCCACACGGGCUCCCAGGCAGUGUCCCCACCACAAACCAGUGAGGGGACACGAGGCUGCAGCGGGCUGGGUGAGCCAGUGCUGUGUCACCCAGUGUGGCAGGCAGUCCCACCACAGCCAUGUCCCAGCGGCCACUGGCCCAGGCUGACCCACCAGGAUUAAGAAGCCUGCAGGAGUAAGUAAUUUAAAUCCAGAUUAGAUUUAAGCAGAUGCUACGCAAAGGGCAUGUGAGCAGAGUCUGCGCAGUGGGGAUGAGCAGGUGAGAGUCUGCCUGGCACUCCUGAUGUGAGGGCAGGGUCUGUGCCCAUGGGGUAUUGCCCAGAAGGAUGGGUUUUUCUCCAGGCUUGGCUUGUGUGCAGCAGAGGGGAGGCAGCGCUGCUGUGCUGUGGGACAGGGCACCUCGGGAUGAGAUGUUCCCUGCCGUGAAGACAGAGCCCAGGCAGGAGGAUGAAGCACAAGGACACGCUGGGCUGCUCACUUCAUAGGUGCUGGAGAGAGGCCACCCCUCUGGGCAGGGCUGCAGACCAUGUUCCACCUCUUCUCCCACUGCUGGUCGUGGCUGCAGGCUAUUCAGGAGCCCAUCAGGAAGGUGACCCUCCUUGUCAUGGGGCUGGACAAUUCAGGGAAAACCUCUGUCAUCGUGGACAUAGAGAGAGUGCUGGCCGGCGAGGCGCUGCCCGAUGCUCAGCCUGGCCAGAGCCGCCUGCGGGUGGAUCGCUUCGAGGUGACGCUGCUGGAGCUGCCCGGGGCCCAGCGCUCCCGCAGCGCCUGGCGCAGCCACUACAGCGAGGCACACGGGCUCCUCUUCGUGCUGGACUCGGGUGACCUGGCUCGGAUGGAGGAGGCCCGCAAGGUCCUGAGCCGCGUCCUGAGCCAUCCUGACGUCUCCGGGAAGCCCCUGUUGCUGCUGGCCAACAAGCAAGACUCGGCGGCCGCGCUGCUGCCCUGCGAGCUGAUCGAGCGGCUGUGCCUGGAGCGGCUGGUCAACGAGAACCGCUCGCCCUGCCGCAUCGUG